AUGUACAGCGCUGGAGUACGGGUGGUUAAUCCCUGGGUUCUGACUAAGAGUAUGUUGAUUAUCAGUCUGAUCAUGUUAAUUGCAGGAUUUUUACUAACGUACACUGGACUGUAUUGUCCCAGUUAUCAAAUAGAAUCUGGUACCUUAUAUAACCGUGUGUUUGGGAACUGUUCCAGGAGGUUAUUCUUUUCUGGUGGUAAGAGUUGGUAUUGGAACGGUAACAAUGGUAGUGCUACCACUGAUCACACUGGUGGUAAUUCAUUUGUGUACAAGACAGCUGUUGCUUACCAGCCAAAGGAUCGUGAAGAUGUCAUUUAUCAAAAAUUAAAGGAGUCUCUGCAAUCAUUGACAGGAGAAGAUAAUUACUUCAUACAGGCUAAUGCAGCCAAUGAUGUCUACGCUGGUGUAGCAGAUGGUGUCGGUGGCUGGGCUGAGCAUGGUUAUGAUUCAAGUGCCAUAUCUAGAGAACUUUGUAAAGCCUUGAAAGAAAUGGCAGCUACUUUACACAAGCCACUUACGCCAAAACAACUAUUGGACAAUGCAUAUGCCAAAAUUAAAAUUGAUAAGAUCGUUAAAGUUGGUGGUACAACGGCUAAUGUAGCACACUUGUCAAGCGAUGGUAGGUUAGACGUUACUAAUUUGGGAGAUUCAUGGUGUGCUGUGUUCAGAGACUCUAAAUUGGUGUUUCAAACAGAGCCUCAAACAUUGGGGUUCAAUACACCAUACCAAUUAGCAAUUAUUCCUGAUGAAAUUCAACAAGCUGCGGCAAAAAAUGGUAACCGCUAUAUUCAGAACCAGCCAUCUGAUGCUGAUGAAUACAAUUUUCAAUUGAGUAAGGGUGAUAUUGUGAUUUUGGCAACAGAUGGUGUAACUGACAAUAUUGCCAUCGAAGAUUUAGAAUUAUUCUUGAGGGACAAUAAUGAUCAACUAAAUGAGAACCUUCAGAAGACUGCUGAUGAGCUAGUAAAGAAAGUUGUCAAAAUUAGUAAAGAUCCAGAAUUCCCAAGCGUCUUUGCACAAGAAAUUAGUAGAUUGACUGGUAAGUUAUACAAAGGUGGUAAGGAGGAUGACAUUACAAUGGUUGUUGUGAAAGUAGAGUAA